AUGGCCCGUACGAAGCAGACUGCCCGUAAAUCCACUGGAGGCAAGGCCCCAAGAAAACAGCUGGCCACCAAGGCUGCCCGAAAGAGCGCCCCAGCUACCGGCGGUGUAAAGAAACCUCACAGAUACCGACCCGGAACCGUGGCUCUGAGAGAAAUCCGUCGUUACCAGAAGAGCACCGAAUUGUUGAUCCGAAAACUUCCCUUCCAACGAUUGGUGAGAGAAAUCGCUCAAGACUUCAAGACUGAUCUUCGAUUCCAGAGCUCAGCUGUCAUGGCUCUCCAAGAAGCCAGUGAGGCUUAUUUGGUCGGUCUUUUCGAAGAUACCAACUUGUGUGCCAUCCACGCCAAGAGAGUGACCAUUAUGCCCAAGGACAUUCAAUUGGCCCGAAGAAUCCGAGGCGAACGUGCUUAA